AUGGUUCUGCAGGCCUUCAGGAAGCCUUACUCCCGUUACUGGAACUCCAGUUUGCCUGGCGUGAUUGGGUUCCUUGGUGUUGCAGAGAUAAGAGAAGUCUGCUAUUCCAGUGGCUUUGGGAAACAGUUAAAUACAAAUGAGCUAAAUAGCACAGAUCUGAAAGACUGUGUCAGUGACAAUAGCCUCAGCAGCAAUGCCAGCCUCCCAAGUGUCCAGAGCUGCCGAAGGCUUCGUGAGAGGAGAGUGGCAAGUUGGGCAGUUUCAUUUGAACGGCUUCUUCAGGAUCCAGUUGGUGUCAGGUAUUUCUCUGAAUUUUUGCGCAAGGAAUUCAGUGAAGAAAAUAUUUUAUUUUGGCAGGCCUGUGAAUACUUUAACCACGUACCCUCUCACGACAAAAAGGAGCUUUCUUUCAGAGCUCGGGAGAUCUUUAAUAAAUUUUUAUGUAGCAAAGCUACAACCCCAGUGAAUAUUGAUAGCCAGGCCCAGCUGGCCGAUGAUGUACUCAAUGCUCCACACCCUGAUAUGUUCAAGGAUCAACAGCUUCAGAUUUUCAACUUGAUGAAGUUUGAUAGCUACACACGUUUUCUGAAGUCUCCGCUUUACCAGGAAUGUAUUCUGGCGGAAGUGGAAGGCCGCCCUCUCCCUGAUCCACAGCAUGUUCCCAGCAGUCCUACUUCUAAGCACAGUUUUGGUUCUGAGCGGUCCAGUAUUUCAACACCCAAAAAGUUAAGUGGAAAAUCAAAGUCGGGGCGAUCCUUAAAUGAAGAAUCUGGAGAGGAAGACUCUGAGCGAAAGAGAAAAGGGACCUUUUUCUCGUGGUCUAGAAGCAAGAGUAUGGGACGAUCACAGAAGAAAAAGGAGAAUGGUGAUUAUCCAAAUGAUUCUGUACAUGCCAACGGGUUGUCCUAUAGACAUGAAUCUCAAGACUCAUUAUCAUCAGCUGCAAGUCUUGAAUUGAUUGACUCCUGCAGGGCAUCGGUACCAACAGCCGAGAAAGAGAAGUCUUCCAAAUGUUGCCAUAUCAAUCUUCCAGAUGGCUCCUCUUAUACAAUGCCAGUUAAAGCUGGGUUCUCAAUCAAAGAGAUGUUAUCGGGGUUCUGUGAGAAACAAGGCAUUAACAUAGCGGGAGUAGAUCUGUUCUUAAUUGGUGGAGAUAAGCCUCUCGUGUUGAAUCAGGACAGCAGCAUUUUAGAUUCUCGAGUUCUUCGUUUAGAAAAGCGUACUUUGUUUCGGUUGGAUCUUGUUCCUAUCAAUAGAUCCGUUGGCUUAAAGGCUAAACCCACCAAACCGGUAACAGAAGUCCUCCGGCCAGUAGUUGCAAAAUAUGGUUUAAAUCUUAAUCAUCUUGUGGCAAGGCUAAAUGGUGAGCAGGAGCUGUUAGACCUUGGUGUUCCCAUCUCUAAUCUAGACGGACAGCGGGUUAUUCUUGAUGAGAAGUUGCCAGAAAAGGGGAAAGACCAGGGAAAGGGGGCAUCACUGAAACAGAAUGCAUCUGCAACAUCUAAUGCAAGGACUCAAGCCUCUACAGGAGAGGGAAGAACUCUAGGAAAGUCUAAUUCUAUUAAAAUAAAAGGAGAAAGUGGAAAAAAUGCUAGGGAUACCCGUCUAGCAAAAAGAGAAGAAUGUAUUGCACAGACUGGGAAAAAAAAGUGUCACAAAAUUAAUUUGGACGAAGCCGAGGAAUUUUUUGACCUCAUCUCCAAAGUGCAAAGUAACAGAGCGGACGACCAACGAGGGCUGUUGAGAAAAGAAGACCUGGUUUUGCCUGAUUUUCUUCACUUGCAUCCUUGUUCGGCUGCACCUUCUUCCUCUACCCCUGGAAGAUCUCAAGAUUGUGAGAAGAGAUUUGAACAGCCCGAGGUCAAGGAAGAACGCCUGCCAAAGUAA